GUACGGAAUGUACGAAAUGUACGAAAUGUACGAAAUGUACGAAAUGUACGAAAUGUACGAAAUGUACGAAAUGUACGCAUUAGUGCUCUCUGUUCAUAUGCUUUUGCCAUCCAAUCCCUGCGCAUAUGUUGCAAUCCCUAAUCCGAUUUUCAUAACCUCUGGCUGCGUCAUUCUCAUUUGCACAAUGUGCAAACCGUGCCUUCGGGGGUCUUGCCAGUGCCGGAGCAGUUGCCACACUCAGGGUCGGCCAUUGUUGAUGUAGGCAACUUAUCAAGCUGAGUACUGUAUUUGCUUGGG